AUGAUUGCGCAUAUGAUCCACGUGGUGGCCGGAAGGGUCACAAAUCGUCAAAGCUGGAGCAAGACAGAGGCCCUCGGCAUCAUGUGCGUGCGGUGGACGCUCACUGCAUGCCGUGUGAAGCCCAUCGCGACUGCCAGGAAGCUGAUUGAAAGGUCUGGGAGACGAUCGAGCCGAUGCAAUCGGCGUUGAGAUGCUAGAGAACCUGGAGUGGCCAGAAAGGAAUGCAGAGCGCAUCGUCGUGUCGUGGAAUGGCCUCUUGAUCGAUCGCCCCUCAUUGGACAUCUGCCCAGCCAUAUGCGCCGUCCAGUCAACCUCGCCGGAAUGAGGUGUACUCGUCUCGCUGAGCCCGCUUGUCAAGCUCACCGUGCUGGCGGACAAACUUGGUGCAGGCGACUGGAAACUGAGAGUAGAUGCGCCAGUAGAAGACCGGGGCCGAGUAUGGCUAGCUGAAUGAGAGUGCAUGGCAGCGAGCCGACCCUCACGAGCAGCCCAUGCUGAUGCUUGCGACACUGGCGACAGCGGAGCAGCUGAGCUCGCGGCGUUCUCCCAAGGACUCGUGGCCGUAGACAUAGAGGUAGAUGCACCAGGAGUAGACCCGCACAGAGCGACUGAAGAGCAUCCUGCUCCACAAGGCACUGAGGCCGCGGAUUGA